CUGGGUACUGACGCUACUACGUGUGAAUUCGCCUGCUUCAGUUGCACCUGCUCCGCAACGCUCGCAGUACCCGUUUCCGUCCUCAUUCUUUAAUCUGUAUUUUAGCACAUGUACACGGAUCAACAGAGGUGGUCGUUCCUGCGUCGCGGCAGCGUUAACCCUAUUUCGGGCGUACCUCCGCCAUGAUUUGUUAGCUGCUCCCUCUGACGUGUUCAGCCCGCCACGCCACCUAGCACUUUUUGGGAUUCCUGGAUCUGUCGGAAAGCCGUUGUAGUUCCUGCGUGGCGGCAGUCGGGUCGUGAGUGCAUUAUAAGGCGCCUAAGACGGGACCGCGAAGUAAAUCUAAAGCGACUGGAAAGAAAAACCCUAAGUGGUGUUUAGGGCGCGUGAGGGUGGUCGCCAAGUGGCGGCGGGCAGUGGAGAGGCAUGAGGGCGCUAGUAGUGGCCGGCACACAUGGCGGUGUGGGGUGCACGUGGUUCACACUCGGCCUUUUGGCAGCUCUGCGUCGCCGAGGCCUCUCAGUGCAGCCUCUGCGACUCGGACCAGAGCUGCUGGACGCGGCGCCUUACGUGGCGGCGUGCGGUCGAGAGCCCAUCAAUCUCGACGCCUGGAUGACUCCAGGGGACUUAACUCGCACCUUGUUUCAGCGGCGGGCGGCGGGCGCCGACGUGGCGGUUGUGGAGGCAGCGGGGGGGGUGUUCGACGGGUGGGACGGCGGACGGGCGGACGGCGCGGGCAGCGCGGCGGGGAUGGCGAAGCUGCUGGGGGGGCUCCCGGUGCUGCUGCUCCUGGACGGCCGCUCCGCCGCGCGCUCCGCCGCCGCGCUGAUCCACGGGUUCACGUCCUUCGACCCCUCGCUCACGUUCGCGGGCAUGCUGCUCAACAUGGUGGAGAACGAGGCGCACGCGCAGUGGAUGUGGGACGCGCUCUCCGCCGCCGAUGUGCGCCUGCCGCUCAUCGGCGCGCUCCCCUUCCUCCCGCACCUCUCGCUCUCCGCCAUCCUCUCCUCCCCCUUCUCCCCCACGCACUCUUCCGCCUCCUCUCUCCUCUCCUCCCCCGCGGUUCAAGACUCUCUCUCCUCCGGUUCCUCCCCCCCAGUCUCCCCCGGUCCUUCCCCCCAUCUAUUCGCUGCCCUCGCCGACGCGGUAUCGCACCACGUGCACAUUCCGCGCCUCCUCUCCGCCUGCGCCUUGCUCCCGCUGCCGUCGCCGACGUUCCCGCUCUCGUCCCCGGGCGGGGCGGGCGGGCGGCGCAAGGCGGUGCGCAUGGGCGUGGCGCGGGACGCGGCGUUCUGCCUGGUGUACCAGGAGAACCUGCUGCUGCUGCAGGAGGCGGGGGCAGAGCUCGUAUUCUUCUCGCCGCUCGUCGACCCCCUGCCGCCGCGCUUGCACGCCGUUUAUCUCCCCGGCGGCCGCCUCGCGCCCUUCGCACCUCGCCUAUCCUCCAACCGCUCGCUCCGCUUCGCUCUGCGCGCGUUCGCCGCGGCGGGGGGCCUGGUGCUAGCGGAGUCGGCGGGAACGGUGUUCCUCGCGCACUCGCUGCAGGGCACGGACGGCGCGGAGUAUCCCAUGUGCGCGCUGCUGCCGUUCACCGCGCGCGAGCUGCACGCGCCACCCCCGCCGGCGUACUGCCUGGUGCGCCCGUCCCUGGGCUCGCCGCUCUUCGACCCGUCGCUCGCACCCAUCCGCGGGUGCCUCGUCGCGUCCGCGGAAUUCACCCCGCUGCGCAACCACUCUGCGCCGAUCGCGCCCCCGCCGCUGCACCGCCCCGAUCUCAAUGGGUGCCUUUCCCGCGGAGCUCGCGUCCGCCACGAGCGUGCGCCGCCCGCAGCCUCCGCUCUUCUCCCCCCAUGAUGGCAGCGCGGGUGCGGAGGGUUCAGGCGCGGUGCGGCGGGAGGGCGUGGUGGCGGGGGGUGCGGUGGCGUCUCAGCUGCACCUGUGCUUCGCCUCGAACCCCUGUGCCGCGCCUGCCGUCAUCCAACA